UUAGAUGAGGCCUGGCUAAGGUCAAAAAGUCUAAAUAACACAUUAAAACAUUUUUUUUUUGACAAACUUUUUUUUAAAUUUUUAUUAGCACUAGGUGGAGUCCAAGGCAAUUUGAUUUGCCGUAAAUAGAUUUAACCUGCAAGUAUAUAUUUAUAAAAUGUCCAGUGCAAACAGCUAUAGAUAGAACACAAUUUUUCAUGAUUUUUGUGAACUCUUAAACUGGACAAUGCUCAAAAUAAUCAAAAACAGAAACUGGAUCUUUGCUGUUUGUUUAUCGUUAAAUAUUGGAUGCUGUAUUUAUACAUGACUAUAUGUAGAUCAAUAUUUGCUGUAUACAUUUUCUGUGGGUGCCUUGCAUAAUUUGUUACAAGUAAAUGAUGGAUUUGUGGUGAGGUGAUUUGAGAAAACUAAGCUAAGCUAUGGAGUUCUAAACCUAAUCUUAAUGUGUUACGGAUGUGCACAUAAAAGAGAUCUCACGCUUUACUGUGUUUCAUAACCAUAGAUGUGUCCUCAGGGGAGAUGUAAUGGCAGCUGCUGUCCUGUUGUGAACUUAAAGAGCCCAUGUAUUCAGUUAUAGCACCAAAUGUUUUAUGGGGCAAAUUAUUAAUAUUUUAUUUUGGAAACUAAGUGCAAAAUUAAGUACAUGCUGUUUUUGUCAAGAAGGUCAAUACAUUCUUCAUACUUUCAUGGUAGUCCAUUUAUUUAUGUCAGAUUGAAGAAAUGUGCUGUUUUCCUUACUAUUAUUUGGAACAAACUUGUGCUGGAUCACAUCGGUAAAACACUGAAGGUGAGAACAGUAGAUUAAAUUAGGAUCUGAGGUCAAAAGAUCAGGUUGUUUUUUUUUUAUAUAUGUUUUUCAGGGAAAUUCCCAGAAAGCAUAAGAUUUCUUGCAUAGAUUGUUUGCAUUCAAUACAAAUAACCAUACUGUUCCCGUUACAUAAAUUGGAGGAAAUGUCAAAUAAAUAAAACGGUUCAUGCUGCCCCAUUUUUUUGGAUGAAAUUAGACCCAGAUAUUCCUCUGCAGGACGUGUCAUUUCCUUUAAAUGGUCUAACACUUUUUUUGUUUGGGUGUUGUAUUUGUGCCCCAUGCAUAAUGCAUUUUAAUGACUGUAUCUGUGAAUGGUCUAAAAAUGGUACAGGGACAUUCUUCUGUUGUGCUGGAUGUGAAAACUCUUCUUUUUUUUUUUUUUUUUUUUUACACAACACUUUCUAUUCAAUCUAACAAUCAAAACUAGUUGACCUGACCUAAAACUAACACUAUAUAUUUCCUUGCAAUUACCUUAGGGUGUUUGCUUUUACCUUUUAAUCCAUUUAAUUCAGGUUAAAAUGUUCUGUCUUAUUUUUUUCUCUGUUUGUGACAUCCCUAAAGUAGUCUAUGCUUGUGCUUGCGAAUACCUUUUAAACAAUGCAGAGUACAUUGAAUGAUUAUUUCAAUCUGCUGUAGAUCAUAACCUGUCGAGUUUGAUUCUGAAUUUAGCAUGAUUAAUGAUAGCAUGUGCAUAUUACAAACUGUUGCAGUAUAUUUCAAGUCAAUUUAGGUGAAUGCUACAGGGUAUUUUUAUAUAUUUGUAUGUAUAUAUUUAAUAUUAAAAUAUUAAAGUACGCUACUGAAUUCAUGAAGGUUCAGCGGUUCAGUGUGGCUGGUUUGAUUAUUAGGUUUUAUGAAAAGGACACUUAAAUUUCCCCCAUAACAUUAAGAUUUCAGACUUUUUUCCAUCUUAAGUUUGAGUUAAAGUGAGGAUAUAGUUACAUCAUGUGCUGCUGACUGGAAUUUCCCAGACCAUUUAAAUUGAUUUUGAAUUAAUUUUGCUGUUAAAAAUAAGUAAUCUGUCUAGUUCUGUAGUACAAUUAACUGCUUCUAAUAUGUUAUAUAUAUAUAUAUAUUUGGCUUGUUUAUCAAAUGGUAUAGUGGCAGUUUCAGUUUCUAUAUUUAUUUAUGUAAAAAUGCACUGCACUUUGAUGCAACCUGAUGCAAUCUGUGUUGUUAAAAGCGCUAUAUAAAUAAAAAUGAUUCACAGUUGUUUGUAAUUAGUUGUUUUAGCUUAGAGCAACCACUGAAUUCAAUCAUACCAUUCUUGUCAAGGUAACUGUAAGAAAACAAGUUGGUGUCUGUGAUUUGGUAUUGCAUAAACACCAUGUGACCCAACAGAUCCCUUUAUAAGAGAGUCUAGUUAGUAGAGGGAGACAAGUGAGUCCUGAGGACAGCUCUUGAAACAUCUUCAGCUCAGCCAGCAAUCACAAGCACGCCAGCAUGUCUUCUGUGAACCAUCUGAACAGCAGCGCUUCUGGUGGGAAAAUGACCAGGUCACAACACUUCACUGAUGUUCAUGGUCUGCCAUGCAUUGAGAAUCUGGUGUGUUCUGCAGACGAAACCCCAGAUCCCAUCGCAACUACAAUUACAGGUACCAUCCCCUCCUGGAUCAAAGGCAAUUUCCUGAGAAAUGGACCUGGAAAGUUUGAGAUCGGAAGAAGCAGUUUCAACCACUGGUUUGAUGGCAUGGCACUUAUGCACCAAUUCCACAUCGAGGAUGGAAAGGUGACAUACAUGAGCCGCUUUCUCAACAGCGAUUGCUACAAGGAAAACCUCGACCAUAACCGCAUUAUGGUGUCUGAAUUCGGCACGAUUGCCAUGCCAGACCCAUGCAAGAACUUCUUCCAGCGCUUCCUCUCACGCUUUGAGCUGCUGAAACAAAGUGACAAUGCAAAUGUGAGCUUUGUCCAAUAUAAAGGAGACUACUAUGUCAGCACAGAGACCAACUUCAUGCACAGAAUAGAUCCCCAGACACUGGAAACAAAAGAAAAGGUAGACUGGAGUAAAUUUGUUGCGGUUAAUGGAGCCACAGCUCAUCCUCAUGUGGAUCCUGAUGGAACCACGUACAACAUGGGCAACUCUUACACUCGAAAAGGUGCUUUCUACAAUAUAAUAAUGGUGCCUUCAAAAAAGGUGAAUCCAAAUGAUACCUUGGAAGGAGCCUCAAUUGUGUGUUCAAUCCCCUCAGAGGACAAGUCUAAACCAUCCUACUAUCACAGCUUUGCCAUUUCAGAGAACUAUGUGGUAUUCAUUGAGCAGCCAAUCAAAAUGGACCUCUUAAAGAUUGUGACAUGCAAACUGCGUGGAAAGGGGAUUAAUGAGGGUGUAUACUGGGAUCCCAAACGAAACACAGUUUUCCAUGUAAUCAAUAAACAAACUGGAAAGCUGAGCAACAUCAAAUAUUAUGCAAAGCCACUGUCAACCUUUCAUCAGAUAAACUGUUAUGAAGAAAACGGUUUCCUGAUCAUGGACAUGUGCUGCUCUGAUGAUGGCCAAGCAAUUAACAAUUACCUGAUUCAGAAUCUAAAAAAGUCUGGAAACGCCCUAGAUGAGGUAUAUAACACAAUGUGCAGAGUGUUCCCUCGCCGCUUUGUCCUGCCACUGAACGUGGACAGUCAUACACUCUGUGGGCAAAAUCUCAACACGCUCUUGAACAGCACUGCCACAGCCAUCAAGACAGACAAGAAUAAGGUUUUUUGCACUCAUGAAGAUCUCCAUGGUGAUGAUCUCCAUGAAUAUGGAGGUCUGGAGUUCCCACACAUCAACUAUUCAAUGUGCAAUUCCCGUCCCUACCGUUACUUCUACGGAUGUGGCUUCAGACACCUGGUAGGAGACUCCCUCAUUAAAAUGGACCUUCAAGGCAAACGAAUAAAGGUAUGGAAACACGCAGGCAUGUUUCCCUCAGAACCGAUCUUUGUCUCAUCACCUGGUGCUGUAGAAGAGGAUGAUGGUGUCAUUCUGUCCGUGGUCAUCACCCCAAAUCAGGACAAGAGCACCUUACUUCUGGUGCUGGAUGCAAAAACAUUUGAAGAACUUGGCCGGGCUGAGGUACCUAUCAACAUUCCAUAUGGAUUCCAUGGGACUUUCCAAAAUAGACACUGAGAGACUCUUUUAAAAAGCCCAAAUAUUGGCAAGAUGUUUAGGCUGUCUGUGAAUAACCUACUUUUAUUUUUCUAUGUUGUUUUCUCUCCUGAAUUAAUUACUUGUAUUAGAUAAUCUCAGUAACUUUACAUUUAAAUAAUACUGUCUGCCAGAAGAAUAAGAAUUAUUCAAAAUGCUUCUGUGUAUAUAUAUAUAUAUAUAUAUAUAUAUAUAUAUAUAUAUAUAUAUAUAUAUAUAUGCAAAUUGUUUUAUGAUACAUCACUACAGAUUGGACUGCCACCACAUAUUAGCUUUAUUACAGCAUAACACCUAUUUUUCUAUUAUUGUAAAGUAUUGUAACUUUUAAAGAAUAAUAUGAAUAUGUAUAUCAACAUUUUAACAAUAAACUGAUGCUUGUGAAACACAUGAGAUGCAUUAUGUGAAUCAAAUAACACCACUGAA